AAUCUCUCAACUUAUCUCUGGUAUCAGGUGGCAAGUGAGGUCUAAAUGACCUGGACCCUGCUCCUCAAUUGUUGUUAUAAUUUAAAAGAUGAUGCUGCGAAAUGUGCCGAACUUGCUGCGUGUCACCGUUUUUACUCCAAAAAUAUGUCAUCGAAAUAUGAAUCUUGUUCCUGUAGUAGUGGAAAAAACUGGUCGAGGAGAGCGUGCAUAUGACAUUUAUUCACGUCUUCUGAAGGAAAGAAUUAUAUGCCUUAUGGGACCGAUUACAGAUACUGUAGCUUCGCUAGUCGUAGCGCAAUUGCUAUUUUUACAAUCGGAGAGUGGCAAGAAACCUAUUCACAUGUAUAUUAAUUCACCUGGAGGAAGCGUCACCGCUGGCCUUGGAAUCUAUGACACGAUGCAGUACGUCCUUCCACCUGUUGCUACAUGGUGCGUUGGACAGGCAUGUUCGAUGGCAAGUUUACUCUUAGCUGCUGGAUCUCAUGGCAUGCGACACUCACUCCCUAAUGCCAGAAUUAUGAUACAUCAACCCUCCGGUGGAGUACAGGGUCAAGCUACGGAUAUUCAGAUACAGGCUGAAGAAAUACUAAAAAUGAAAAAGCAGAUUAAUAAACUGUAUGUAAAACAUACAGGGCUGGACUUACUUAGAAUAGAGAAUAGCAUGGAAAGAGAUAAAUUUAUGGAUCCUUUAGAAGCCAAAGAAUUUGGAAUAAUCGAUAAAGUGUUGGAACAUCCGCUGCAAGAGAAAGAAGGGAAAGAAGAGUUAUCGGAACUAUCGGAAACAUCUAGUACGACAACUCCGUAAUAAGUGUGCAUGACAGUGGUGAUAAUAUUUCAUAGUACUGUAAAACGUUUUUAUUAAUAUUUCAUAAUAAUAAUAUAUUUAAUAAUCAUCGUUAUAAAAAGUAUUCUAUAUGACCGCAGUCAAGCAAAGUACGAUGCAGAUGCACUUAUACCCUUGCUCCGUAUCAAUGGUUUUGAUUACUCCAUAGACAUUGACACGUUCUAACAAAGAGAGCAAGUUUAAUUAUAAGAACAAAUGCAGUCUUGAUAGGGGCAUCAAGCAUCUAUCAAGAUAAUUGCGAUUAAUAGUUUCACCACACACUUAUGGAAGACGGCAUUACAUAACAAUACGAUUGGCAGAAAAAUUAUACAGAAUAAAUUUAAUCGAAGAUGUACGCACGUACGAAUAUAUACAUGUUCCAUAGAAUUUUUA